UCUACACACACACACACACGCACACGCACACGCACGCACAGGCACACACACACACUUACGUUUUUUAAAGAAGAGGGAAAACCCAACCCCCUCUAGGCAGGAGGAAAAACUACAGCCACUUAUGCCCAUCGCUGCGGAGAAAUACGGUAACAGCAGGAUAUUACGGUACUAGCUGGCUGCUGCCUGUGUUACGUCAGCGAGGGCUGCAAAGUUCCUUGCCAUUCUUUUACUGGUGUCGGGGAGCUGAAUAUUAAAAGGGUGAUUGUGGAGUUAUCAGUUUUCUGUAUUUUUUUUUCUUUCUUAUUUUCACUCUUUAUUUUCAAAUGUCCAGGUAAAACGAUAGCGAGCCAGGAGCUUAAAGACUUCGGUGGUGGAGGGGUGAGUCAGCGAGUGCAAAAGGAGAGGAUUUGGUUCCCGGGAGAGACGGUCCCCUCUCCCCUCCUAGAGAAGAGAAGUGACCGAAGCCGGGUCUGCUCCUCCCCGCGCUGGCGGGUGGCUCCGCAUCUGCGCUUCAGGUGGACACGGUCAAACGACGCUCCGCAGCCGCCUGGGUCUCUGCAAAUAUUUCACAUGCGUGUCACCUGGCCGGUGUGCCCAGAAGCUGGAACUAGCACCAGCCCUUGGUGGGGCAGCCCAAAAUGUGGGUAACUGCGGAGCAGCGCCCAGAUGCCAAGGGGCCCUGCCUUUGAGCGCCGACGGCUGGUCUGUACUUGCUUCUGGUUUGCGGGGGGAAUCUGGCACUGGAUUUUUGAAUUCCAAAAGAAUUUCAAAUUAUGUGCAGAAUGCUGAAUCUUCUCCCCACCGGGACGAAUCAGAUAGUGCAGAAAAGUGGACUCUCGUAAUUCUAGGAUUGCGUUUUGCAACGUGUCUCCUUGACCUCCGUGCCAAGCCUGGGGUAGGGAGGGAGCUGGAGGCCCUGGCCAGCGCGGCAGGGCAGGUGAAGAGGCUACCCCGGCAGCCCCGCGCACCCCUGGCCAUGUCGCCUUUCGUACCCUGCCCCUUCGCGUGGCCUUCUGAGGGUUCCCAGGACCGGCCAGGGUUGUUUCCCACCCGCGCGCUCGCUCUCGCCCCCACCCAAGCCGAGCUGGCAGAGCUCCCUGAAGCCGAGAAUUUUUGAUUCCCUGCUCCCUCGCUCCCGUCUCCGCCCCCGCGCGGGGGUGGCCCUGGAGAGCCGGACCUCGCCCGGCCAGGGCUGGGACCAUGGUGUUUCUCUCCGGAAAUGCUUCCGACAGCUCCAACUGCACCCACCCGCCCGCACCGGUGAACAUUUCCAAGGCCAUUCUACUCGGGGUGAUCUUGGGGGGCCUCAUCCUUUUCGGGGUGCUGGGGAACAUCCUGGUGAUCCUCUCCGUAGCCUGUCACCGGCAUCUGCACUCGGUCACUCACUACUACAUCGUCAACCUGGCGGUGGCCGACCUCCUCCUCACCUCCACGGUGCUGCCCUUCUCCGCCAUCUUCGAGGUCCUGGGCUACUGGGCCUUCGGCAGGGUCUUCUGCAACAUCUGGGCGGCGGUGGACGUGCUGUGCUGCACCGCGUCCAUCAUGGGCCUGUGCAUCAUCUCCAUCGACCGCUACAUCGGCGUGAGCUACCCGCUGCGCUACCCCACCAUCGUCACCCAGAGGAGGGGCCUCAUGGCCCUGCUGUGCGUCUGGGCGCUGUCCCUGGUCAUCUCCAUCGGGCCCCUGUUCGGCUGGAGGCAGCCAGCCCCCGACGACGAGACCAUCUGCCAGAUCAACGAGGAGCCGGGCUACGUGCUGUUCUCGGCGCUGGGCUCCUUCUACGUGCCCCUGGCCAUCAUCCUCGUCAUGUACUGCCGCGUCUACGUGGUGGCCAAGCGGGAAAGCCGGGGCCUCAAGUCCGGCCUCAAGACCGACAAGUCGGACUCGGAGCAAGUGACGCUCCGCAUCCAUCGGAAGAAUGUCCCCGCGGGAGGCGGUGGCGUGGCCAGCGCCAAGAACAAGACGCACUUCUCCGUGAGGCUCCUCAAGUUUUCCCGGGAGAAGAAAGCGGCCAAAACUCUGGGCAUCGUGGUCGGCUGCUUCGUCCUCUGCUGGCUGCCUUUUUUCCUGGUGAUGCCCAUUGGGUCUUUCUUCCCCGAUUUCAAGCCCUCGGAAACGGUUUUCAAAAUAGUAUUUUGGCUCGGAUACCUGAACAGCUGCAUCAACCCCAUCAUCUACCCGUGCUCCAGUCAAGAGUUCAAAAAGGCCUUUCAGAACGUGCUGAGAAUCCAGUGUCUCCGCAGAAAGCAGUCUUCGAAAUACGCCCCGGGCUACACCCUGCACGCGCCCAGCCACGCGGUGGAGCGGCAGCACAAGGACAUGGUGCGCAUCCCCGUGGGCUCCGGGGAGACCUUCUAUAAGAUCUCCAAGACCGACGGGGUCUGCGAAUGGAAGUUUUUCUCUUCCCUGCCCCGGGGAUCUGCCAGGAUUACGGUACCCAAAGACCAGUCAGCCUGCACCACAGCCCGGGACUUGUAACCAUGAAAGCACCCACACACAGCUCCGGUCGAGCCCGGCGGGAUCACUGUUUGCACCUGCUCCGUGUCCACAGACUGAGCUGGGAGCAGGGCCGAGCCGGGCUGCGGUGGGGUCCGCCAUCUUCAGACAGCAAUGGCAGCUGUGGCCUCCUGGCCCUCCCUCCAGAGCCCCCACGAGAAGAGUGAGUGGAGAUGACCGUGGUGGGGCUGGGCCAACAAAAGCAAGUUAGGAUUUCAGCGGAGGACGUCGGCCCGUUGCCAGGCUCCCAUCCGCGGUAGCUCAUUCAUUCACGCUCCCCAGACCCAAAUGGCACGGAGCUGGGGCCGAGAAUGGGCGUCUCCUCUGCGCAGGAAAAUGCCAUUUCUGCUUUGCUGCUGCAGCAUGGAUGACCGGUUCUCCCACCUAAAAGCAAGGUAGUAGGGUUUGGGGCAUGGGCAGGUGUCCAGGAGGGGAAGGCUUACCGUAGUCAUUGCUCAAAGCAGGAUGGCUUAGCAAUGCCUCGCUGCAACUGAGAAGCAUCCAAGAACUGCCCCAGAGCUGGUUGCCAACUCGUUUCAAAAGACAGAAUAAUUGUCUUUGCUUUUUGUGUGGCUCAGGAGUUAUUAUUUUAUUUUUUUCUCCAUAUCAUAUUCACUGUGGCCACGUUAUAAGCUGGGAAUGAUUAUUGCUAAACUAAGAAAAAUACAGACUUAAUUAAGUAGGAAAUCUCAGAGCAAAUUCAUACUGUAUUGGGAGGAAAAGGUAAUGAAGGCAUUGGCCUGCUCAAAAGCCUGAAUACAGUAGGUGCGUUCAAAUGUGGCAGAGAGGAAGCUUAAGACAGAAAAUCCCAAGCUGAGUUGAUUGUUUCUACCCUUCCGUGUCGCACCUUGUACUUGUCACAUAACUUCACCUACUUCAUGUCGUUCCUGUGCCAUAAAAAGAGAAGGAAGAGAUGGGGGUGGAGUUUUAAGAAUUUCUUUGAGUAUCCCCAAAUCCAGCCUCCAACUCCUUUUUCCAUGACACCUCGAUGUCCCCAAGGUCCACUGCGUUUCUCAAGCCUUGGCUCUCCAAAUCUCACUCGUUCAUCUCCAUCCCAUAAUUCCAGCUCUGUCUGCACCUUCUCUCCUGCUGUAUCUGCCAGUGGCUGGGCAGCACAGGCCUGCUCUAAGGCCCGAGUCAGGUUUGUCUGUGCCUCUGUCGCUGGCCGAAAGACCAACCCAUGCGAUUCUGGUCUUUCUCCCUAGAUAGGCGGCAGCAGAGCCAAGGAGACAGGCAGGGCAGCCGGCUUGGGUUUGCUCCGCAGGGUGACAUGACAUGUAAGGCAAAGCCAGCAGGGACCAUCACCUUCAUGUCCUCAGGAACACAGAGGUCCCAAAGGGAGUUUUGGGAAACACUCCUUUUCCUGGUCAGCCUGGGGGUCAUUGUAUAGCCACUGAUUGUCAUCAACAGCAAGUGACCUCUCCUGAGCCCGGCACUGCAAUUGGCACAAAAAAUACAGAAAGGCACAGACAGUCCCUGGCUUACAAGCUGGACAGGUUCCAAGUUCAUCUGUUAAAAAGUCACGCGUGCAUUUUUCCAAGGCAUUGUCAUAAGUGGGGGAGGGGAAGGAUGUGCCCAGAGGAACCAAAAAAAUAAAAAUCUAUUUCGUGUCCAUGGGGCAUUUGCAAACCUUUUCUGUAUAUGGCUAGAUAGUAAAUAUUUUAGGCAUUGUGAGCUAGAUGAUCUCUACCACAUGUUCUUUUUUUUUUUUUUUACUUUUUUUGGGGUGAGGAAGGCAACCCUCCAAAAACAUUCUAAGCUCCUGCUACCUCCCCACAAAAAAGAAGAAGAAAACAGGCUGUGGGCGCUAUAUAGCCGACGGGACAUCAUUUGUCAUCCAUGAUCUGUGCCGUCCCUAGCUGCCAGUAUAGUGCAGAUGAUGCUAAGCAAUGGUUUUUGGGGUUCAAUACACAAACAUCUUUUUUAUUAACGUGCCAUUGACAUAUCUCCACUUGGCUUAAUUAACAUUCCCAACCUGCGUGAGUUGUUAGAUAAAGUGGCAGGUUUAUGUUCAGGGGUGGGGCCUCCUCCACAUGUCACUGUGGCUUCCUGACCAGGCAUCAGGGUAGGCGGAGAGCGCCCACUGCCCGCGCACGGCGUCUCCGGCAGAGCAGGCAGCAGGAGCCUGGUGUGGCCACGGGGCUUCUCAGCCCUUUGCCCCAUUGGCAAAAUCCCAGCACAGUCUGGCCGCCUCUGCGGGUAGCAACAACUGAUAGACACCACUUGACCAAAGCCAGCCUACGGAUCCUGCCAGACCCUUGGAACUUGCUGAAGGGGAGGUCCCCAGAUGCCCCCCAAAGACUUUGGGGCCACACUGGCUCCUUGGGAAGGCGUCCUGACCAUGGCGCCCCACACCGGGGCAUUUGAGGGCCUGCCUGGAGCCCAACAAGAGCCAGGGGCUGCAGUAAGGGGUGCUGGAGGGGACUGGCACCUUCCAAAAGAUAGGGUUUCCUCUCUGCCUCCUCCUCCUCCCCUUCCUCCUUCUCUGUUUCUUUCUUCUCUUCCUAUUUUUUCUUUAAGUCUGAAAUUGCCCAACUAGAAUAGAAAUGGUGUUACUGUGGGGAAAUGCAUUUCGCCAAAGCCAGAUGUCCCUGAGCUGGCGAUUUGUUGGAGGGUCUUCCUCCCCUUCCUCCCUCCAGUCCUGUUGAGAGAUGAGACUCCACGGCAGGGCGUAGGAUGGUGGUGGGUGCAGAACUGAUAUGGAGGGACCCAGACAUGUCCAGGCCAUUUAGCAAUAACUCCAUGGCCAGCUUGGACACCAGAAGGAAGCCUUGGGUUGACACUGGGCUAUAGCUUGCCUUCCCUUCCCCCUUCCCCAGAGCCCUGUUUGACCUUGGUCCUUGCCCUUUCACCUUUCCUUUCUUUUCCCUGUCUCCCAUCUCCCCUUCUUGCUAAACUUACAAGCACUGAAAGAUAUCGGAGUCAGUACCCUUGCUCCAGAAGGUGCCAUUCCCCAUGGACAUCCUGUUUCCCAUGCACAGCUCUGGGUGACGACAUGGGGCUGCCCUCGGCAGCUCUGCCCCCUUCCCGUGUCAGCCUGGUUUGGUGAGCUCCGGCCCCCGCAGCCUCCGGUGAGCCCAGGACAGGAGACGGGGCCAGCAGGGUGAGGACAUUCUCCAUGUCCCCAUGAACUUUUACCCUCUGCUUGCAUUGCUGCCUUUCUGCCCUUAUACUCUUGGUUCCAAAUGAAUGGAACAAACACAAUACGCAGCCACAUUUUAGAGAAAGAGCUGGUGGUCAGAGUAGUUUCUGCGGGUGCACCUCCUCUUUUACCAGUUGCCACCUCUCUCUCUUUCUGACGGUGUAGAAGUCUUUCCCCAGCCCUGCAAAUGCUCCUCUUCUUCCUCUUCAUCUUUAGUCUCUUGCCUUUGUUGUUUCUCUUUUGUUGAUGCUCCCUUUUGAGAGCCUGAGGGCCUUCAAGGCCUUGAUUUAUCCCAUAAAGUAAACCUGGCUGCUGCCUGUUGGCAUUGAGCAAUGGUUAAUCCACCAGGAGGUAAACGCCAGGCAAAACUGCCAACCCGGGGGAGGGUGUCCUUUCUUGCCUGGUGCUCUGCCCUUUGUCCCCGUCCCCAGCAGUCUGUCUGCUUCCGGAACUUGUUCACGGAGCCACCUAUGGACUCACUGCAUGCUUGCUCCAGGGACCUUUCUGCUACAAGCAAAGGGUCUUCUCCCAGCCACGUGAUCCUGCUUUGGCCGCCGCAGCCCCCAUCAAGUUUCCUGGGCCAGUUGUAGCAAAGUGCCACAGGCUGAGUGGCUCCAACAACAGAAAUGUUCCAGAGGCUGGCAGUCCAAGAUCAAGGUGUCAGUGGUUGCAUCUCCAAAGGCCUCUCCUUGGCGUGUAGACCAUCAUCUUCUCCCUGGGUCAGCCACGGCCUUUCUCUGUGCCCGACUCUGUCCUGAUUUCCUAUUCUUACAAGGAAACCAAGAUUGGGGCUCACCCUCAUGACCUUAUUUAACCUGAAUCACCUCUUUGAAGGUCCUAUCUCCAAAUACAGUCACACUCUGACAUACUGGGGGUGAGGGCUUCAACAUAGGACUCAUUUCAGCCCAUAGAUAAGAACCCCCUCCUCACUCCCUCCAGAAUUCUUUCCCCAGAUCAGAACUUCACAUUCAGCCCUUCCAUGUCAUCGCAGUCCCUCUCCAAGUUCUUACAGCAGUCGUCUAUAAAAUGUAUUUGGCAACUAAUUCUGAACUUCAUUUUCAUCUUUCUGUUGCUUUUUAAUAUCUAAAUCCAUUUAAAGUGCUUGAAAGCAGACCUCGUAUGCACUGUACUUGGAUAAGUUCUGUGCCGUCAACUAGAUGAACCGACUGUCAUUUUGUGUGCCCCAUCACAGUAGCCCAGUCCCCAAGUCCUGUGCCCCCUCCUGAGCAGGCAAGGAGAGAGGGGGACAGAGUGGACCAAGUGAUGAGAUCCAACCACUAGUUAUAGACAGGGGCCGGGAGACCAGGUCCACAGGAACUUGAAAAUAUCAGAUGAGUUACCCAGAAAGGCUCAGGUGGACAACCCUGGUGUUUCUGAAAAGUUACAGCAAGAUCCUGGUUAGGGGUGCAGAGUGAAGCAGUGGAGAACCCCAGGUGAGCAGCCAUCUCAACUCAGGUGAGCAUAUGUCGCCUGAGAGACGUCUGCACCCAAGCAAGCAGAGCCCAUCACAGUGUGAGACAGACCUUAAACUCAGGGAAGGUGAGACAGAACAAGAUGGGACCGAAAACCAACAGCAGAGCCCAAUCUUGGGAGCUAGGUCAUUGAGAACCACAUGAGAGCCCUGUGAUCACCCCACAACUCACAACCCAGCCAUAGGUGAGUCAAGGGUAUUUCAAAGCUGUCUGCUCUAUGUCAGGAUUGGCUUGGAAAAUGGGUAUCAAAGAGCCCCCAGGCAGCUCACAGCUCACCUUUCCUCUGUCUCACAGCCUAAGAAGGGCAGAAAGGAGCAAAGGAUGCUACCCUGACUCAAUUUGGUACGAGGAUACGGACAGCCACUCUCUGCUAAAAGGCAUCUUUAACUCGGACUCUCUGCAGACCCCCUCCCACCAACCACCCAAGCCUCCGGUGGCCACAGUGCAGCAGAGCUGCUGCUCUGUCCGCACGGCCUCAGAGCACCUUGGCCUGCCCACCUUGCUCCUCUUGCAAAACUCCAGCCCAUUUCUGUGUCAGCGACCCACCCGAGGCCCUUAUAUAGACACACAUCUCGCCCUCGUCGUGCUCCUGACAGCCGAGGACUGAUGUUUUCUCCCCUGCCUCCUGCUGAGAAGCACGGAGCGUUUACCCUCAUUUGGAAGAAUCGGGACUGCUCCAACUGCACAGCAUCUGCUGCCGUGCUUUCUGGGCGAGAGACAAUGCUGCUUUGGCUUCCUGUCCCCCUGCCCUCUCCCUGGGGACUCUCGGAUUGGAAGUUUUUCUGGUCCCACCACAUCCAUCACAGUGGAACACGCUUGUUGUCUGGAGUAAUGUGACUCAAUCUGGAAAUGACAGGCGGAGGGAGAAUACAUCACCCCAAAAGGCAGGGCCUACCGGAGUAUUCCGUGUAUGGGAGCCAAGAGCCACCCACAAACGGAUUCGAGUAAGUGUAGCAGUGGCUCCCUGAUUUAUCUUUAAAAUGUGUCUUUCUGACCCCGCUCGGGUCUCCAUUCCUCUUGCUAAACUCGGCCUUAUCUUUCACAAUGAAAAGGCCUCAGCUCACGGAAGUCUCUAGGGCUGGGAGGCCCGUGGCCCCCAUUAAUCAGCAGCUGAGCGUCGGGGUGAGCACUGCGUGUCCUCCACAGCCACCCCCACUCAGUCCCUGUGUCAUAACAGUGGUGACAGCGGUUGUAAAGAGCAGAAGAGGAGGGGACAUGGAUGAAUGGGCAGAAGAAUGAGCAGCUUGAAUCUACAAAUAAGGUUGCCCAAGUUCAAUCUGACCAGCGGCAGGAAGGCUAUGAAAAAGCACUCCUCUGAAGUAUUUUUAAGGGCAGAAAGCAAGCAUUGCAAAUAUUUGCAUCACAAUGUAUUGCUAGCUUUUUGCAUCCUUUUUUUUUUUAAAGAGUAAAACCUCUAUUAGAGAGUAAUUGAAUAGAAAGUGAGGUCCCUGUCUUGCUCUCACCUCCACUCUCAGCAGCCUGCCUGCCUUCCUGCUUCCUGUUCUGAACAUCACACCCAGCCCUAUUACCCAAACUCCAACAAGUAAGCACUGAUGUCCUGCAACAGAAAUUUCACUGCAGCGUUUAAAGCCCAAAUCAAAACACAUGCUUUCUUCAUCAGAUGUGAAGGAAAAUAGCUAUUUUUAAUCUCUGGAUAUAACAAGUCACAAGCAAUCCACUUUCCAGUGUUAACACAGAAACUUAACCCCAUAUUACAGACAAAGAAAUGAUUUUGCUUCCUCUAAUGCAUCCAUGAUGUUUCCUGCAGUGAUAAAGUUUCAAUAGCAAAAAAUUGUAUUUUCAGAGCACCUACUACGUGCCUGGCCCUCUUGCACAUGUUGGUAUGGUUAAAGUAUAAGAUUUUGCAGUCAUGUUACAAAAGAAACAUUUUUCACAGAGAACCAAUACAACGUCACAGGUCUGAGAAGAAGAAGAAGACAGAGAGUAAACUUUGUAGGGAGUUUGGGAAAAAGAGAAAGACUAGGAAAAGUUGAGCUCACAUGUCCCCUCUCCUGGAGUUUUCCUGUGCUCUCAGCUUGCUGAACCUGACCUUGCCAACUCCACCCGGGAGCCCAUGGUAAGAGGGGACCUAGAAGGAUCUAGAAAGUGGUGUUGCAGGAAGAGCAUUGUACUGGGAGCCACAGGCCUGGGCUUCAUGGACGUCCCCAUCUCUGUAUCUACCUAGUCGCCCGGACAAGUCUCUUGACCUCUCUCAACCCAUUUUCAUUAUCUAUGAAAUGGGGCGAGCAGAUGGAAAUUGUGCACAUGAAAAUACCUCCUGAGCUGACAAAAUGUAUGAAGUCAUAGUAGGCCCCCAACAACCUAGCACUCUUUCCCCGUCUUCAUUUCCCCUCCCGAAUGCUACCUAAAUAACUCAUUGCUAUGAAUCAGAUCACCUGCACUGUAUCACACGCAGGAAAAGAGAGAAUAAGUCUUUCACUUUCCUUUGCUUUUCAUCCUCCUUCAAGUGCAUGCUUCUGGGAGUUGUUCCUCACCUGCUAAAGGCACUGGUUUCUCUUUAAUUAGAAAGGAAGUCGCAAAGCAAGUGCUGUGCCAAAGCUUGGGUGCUCUUGGGCCUGGUGCCGGGUUCCAGGUGCCGGGCACCAAAUUCCAACUUCCAGUUAUUGCCCACACUGCAUUAUUUUCUCUGGGUUGGAAAUAUCCCCACCUGGAGAUUUUGUUUUAACUUUAAAAAAUCAGACUAACUGUACUGCUCUGAAGAUUUCCACCAUUCUCUCGGGAUUAUAGACAGCCCAAAACAAGAGUACCUGUUGUUGGGCUGGUGUCUAAAAUCUUUCUCACAUGGGCUACUUACUUGGCAAUAGGAAGUAUUUUAAGUUAUCAUAGCUGUUCUGUGAAGAUACUACAUAAAAUGCAGUCAUUAUAGAAAAGGGUUGGGUGUGUGAGUGUGUGUGUGUGUGUGUGUGUUUAUAUAACCAAUGGUAUGAGAAAGAGAAGUAAUUUUGACCACAGAAAGAAAGUCAAAAAGUCAAAACGCAUUGGAAGCAAAGUUUGAGUUUUAAAUCACCUAAGGAAACAGGGCUGAGCACCUCUUGGCCGGAGCAACUGUCAGAAGGAAAUGUUUACAAAACAAAAAGCAAGUUCCCAAUCCUGAACCGAGGCAGUUUUGAUUUCACUGGGAAUUGAGACCCGUUUCAUGGAAGCUCCAGGGCACAAUCUCAGUUCUAAUUUCAGGUCUGGCCAGAGUCUAGGCCUUUCUGUUGGCCCCUUUAAAGGGUCUCCAGGACGCUUCUGGGCUGGUGGCUUCACCGGGAGGGCCAGGCUGCAAGCCCAGCUCCCCACGACUCGGUGGCAGGGGCCGCCACCCCUCUUGGAGGCUGCAUUUGGCAGGACUUUGCCGCCGUCUCCCUGCCAAAGGGUCCCUUGUGACUCGGAAUCUCAAACUUGCUGCAAACCGAGGGGGGAAGUCACUUUCGGGGAUGAGGUUCUUGGCCCAACUCUGCUUUGUGUAAACACAGUCGACGGCUAUUUCGGUCUUCGGGAUGUGGAGAAGCAACUUUUGAGUUGCGACAAGGAUGAACGGACCGGUGUUGGCCCAAAUGAAAGAGAAGAGUGUUUGGUUCUUUCGGUGCUGGGAGGAAGAAAACCGAAAGCAUUGGGUCAGGGGGUGCAGACUGUGACUGGUCCGGCCAGUGGGGAUGUAAGGGUGGGCUUCUAUUUAAGAAGAACGAGUUCCACCAAAGCCUGAACUUGUAAAAAUGAAUGCAUUGCGUUUGGAGGAAGAAUUCUUGCUCUACAAAAGGAUGACAUUCUGAUCAUGCUGCUGCACCAUGCCUAGGAUAUUAAAAGCAUAUGAUUCACUAAAGGUCGAUCCUCUUAGUGUUUUAAGGCGACAUUCACUCGUCACAUGAAGCAAUCCAGUCCAUGGCUGCCGUCCGUGCGGCCCAGUGAAGGGGCAUGCAGCUCCCCACCCUCCCAGCGCCCCAUGUCUUUGAAUCCACAUCUGGAGCCAAUGAGUCUUGCCCGACACGUGGAUUUACUUCCUCCUCAAGCUAAGGCACAAAUCUAACAAAUCACUGCUGGUGACGUUGGAACAACAGUCACUUAAGGAGUAACCGUGAGUGCAAGAGAGAGAGGAAAACAGAUCUGGGGGAUGAAUAGCUCAAUUUUUGGAAGUCGGCUUAGUACACCACCGACCUGUUUCAUUCUUACAAGUUUGAACACUUUUAACUCUUAAAAGUCAGUAUCCCUCAAAAAUUAUUGCACAUCCAUAGAGGAAAGGACCAUGCCACAAAACAAAGUCCCUUCACCCAAAGGGCUCUCUCUUUCCUCUAUCCACCCUGGGAUGCUCAGUGCGGGCUGAUGUGCUCCAGGGCCAAGUCCAGGGGGUGGGGAACGGCAAGGCGGGGACGCAGGCAGACCUUGCCCUCCAAGCCCCCGUGGUAUUCACGCAGCGCCGUGGGGCUUGAUGGAGGGCACCCGGCCAGCCUCCGAGUUAGGCUUCCCAAAAAUGGUGACCUCCACGAUGGAUGCUGGAGGACAAAUGGCAUAGGGAACAGAGGGAGUUGCUCCGGGCAAGCAAGGAAGGAGUCCGUGCAAAGGACCAGGGGCUGGUGAACCUCAGGGGUGUGCUGGGCUUGCCGCCUCCUCCCACCCGGCAGGGUAUAGGAAAGCCAGCUCUGCUCAUCACGGUGGCCAUGUGGCUCUGCAAACACCCACUCCUCAAGUCCCCCCUGCCCCGCCUCAGGCAAACCACACAUCUGCUUUUAUUCUGAUUCUCUUUUUAAGCCAAGGAAGAACUCACUCACCGGGAGAGCCCGUCCAUGGUUAAUCCAGGGGCUUUCCCGACAGAGCUGCCAUGUUUGGCUUGGCUGCAAAUCACAAGGCCUUGGUUUCCCAGCUGUCUGGUCCUCUUUGUUCUGAAGGCUUAGCACGGCAUUACAGUGGGAUGGUUGAACAGGGAAAAAAAAGAAGAGGAAGGUCUAUUUCUUUCUCUUCAUACAAACAAAUAUUUUCUUGGGCUUGGGGUAGCUAAUCUGUAAGCAGAACCAAAUGCUUUGGACGUCUAAACAAGCAAAUCUCAUACCAGGCAAGCCAGUGUCCUUACAAACUGAGGAAUUGUUUUUAGCAAGAAAACGUUGUGCAGUAUGUUUCAAAAGAAAGAGUUUUUCCUACCAAAAAAUGCAGAAAAUAACUGAACCACUACAGUACCUUUAAGGCUGGCUAUUGCAUCACCAAAGGGCAGGCAUCGUAUGCCACUUGAAGGCACAUUCAGCGAAGAGCUCCUGAUAGUGUAUUACAAACCCAACGCAGAGUUGGUGGGGGGAUGGUGGGGAUGGAAGCAAAAGGGAAGGACUUGAGCUGCGCUUUUGCAAUCAACUAGCAAUUAGGAAGGACUUGACUUGCUGGGGCGAAGGGAAACAAAUCUGGAGGUUCAUUUUGCCUGUGAAGUUAAAAUUAUAUUUUUAGUAAAUAAAGCUGAUGCCAUUUAACCAUGAACCCAGGUGACAUUUCCCAGCUUGCUGCAGCUUUUCUGCUUGUCUGCUCAAAAUACAAACACGGCAUUGCCACGUUGCCAGACGAGCAAAUGCAGGCUGCCUGGCUGAUGUGAGCUGCUGUGGUUUUCCUACAACCUUUGCAACUGCUGUGACGAAUAAUAUCCCCAUAAGGUACACUUUCCCGCUGUGCAGUGUUUGUGGACCACGCCCACCUUCUCCAGGUUUGGGAUUUGGUCAAGGAAGUUGACAAUCUCAUUACCUUUCCUUCCAUGUUACCAAAAAAAAAGUUUAAUCAGAGUCAUGCUGAGAGUUUGGUGUGCGCUUAGUGCUAUACAAGGGAGCAUUCUCCCCUAUGUCAGGUUAACAUGUUAUGUGUGUGAAUUGUUAUACUUGAAUUUGCUGCGGCGUAUUGUCUUGAUGCAUAUAUACGGCACCCAGGCUGACUGCAAUGGCUUCAAAGCAUUUAGUUCCUUUUAAGUGGAUUCAGUAUCCUUGGAAUGUGCUGUUUAAGUGUUUCUGAAUUUUCUACGUGCCAAUUUUUACAGGUCCAUUUGUUCAUGAUGUGAUGUGGUGAACAAUCAUGUUGGUUUUAUGGGGUUUCUUCUUAAAGAAAAUGAAUGUACAUAUUACUAAGCAGAUGAGUAAAUUAUUGAAAAUAUAUACUUUAACGGAUCAUGCCCACUGUUAUAAAAUGGAUUUAUUUUAUUUGUUUAAUAAAGUGACUGUUCAAAUUAUAAGAAUGUAUACUGUCCUUAUAUAUAUGGAUGCCAUAUAAUUAAGCAUUGUUCAAUCUUGAUGUGUGUUCUCCAAUAAAAUGGUUCAAACUUCUUUCUCUUUAAACACACAACCCCCUAGUUCUUCCAUCAGGGUAUGUUGUUACCAUGUGUCUUGAGAAAUGGAGUUGGUAGUUCAGACAAGGAGAGGUGGUGUCUUCGGACAGCUACCUAGGGUAGACUGGCAUAGGGUAUACAGGUUGGCUGCAUUCAAGACAGAGGGCCAGAAUACAACUGG